AUGGCAGAUAUAAAAUAUAUCUGGUGCUCUGAAAAAGAAGGCGAAACUUCAAAGUUCGUUAAGUUAUCUGCCAAAGGUAUACAAGGAAUUAUAAGUAAAAUUCGAAAAGACAAUAUCCAUGAGUUAUUUGAACCAUUUCCUGAUGACCCCGUGAGAGUCCAUGUUGAAUGCCGCCGUGUAUAUACAAAUCCUAAUAAUAUCCAGAAUGAUGCAAAAUUCAAGUUAUCCACUAAGGAUGAAGCACAAGGUAGUUGCAGGCGAGUAAUCCGGUCGAAUAUACCAACAUUUUUAUUCACAGAACAAUGUUUAUUUUGUGGUCGCUUUGUUACUGAUCGUGAGAAACGGGAUAAAUCUGGGAUUAUACAGGUCCGUACAGUAAUGUUUCAAAAAUCAGUUAUGAAGGCGUGUAACUCCAUAAAUGAUUUAUGGUCAGAAAAGGUUCAAUCCCGUUUGCUAUUAGUUAAUGACUUGCCAGCAGCAGAUGCCAUUUACCACCAGGCAUGCAGUGUAAAUUUUCGAAAAGGUGACCUGAUCCCAAAAAAGUACCAAGAUAAUUCCAAAGACGAAUUACGUCACAAACCUCUUGGUCGUCCUAUGGAGAAAGACAAGCUAGAUGCUUUUUUGGAAAAAGCAUUGAAGUUGAGCAUGAUAUAUUUGAGGCGACUUCGGCUUCGCCAGAGGACCCGUUCCAAAUAUCAGACGAUGACCCAAGUUAGACCCCCCAAGACACCCAAAAAAAAGUUGUUGCCGGAUUAUUUUGGAGUAAGGAAUGAAAGCAUAAGUCAAAUUUUACAAAUUGAACCAAGUCAAAAACCAGAGCAGUUUAGCGAUGGUCAAGAUAAUUUGCUUACCGAAAAAAUACAAAGAUGGAAAGUUUUAUGA